AUGUCCGCUCCUCAGCUUCCCAAGACCAUGAAGGCUCUCCAGUACGACAAGCCCGAGUCGUUUGCUGUUGUCGAGUUGCCUCUCCCCGAACUCCGCCCCACCGACGUCCUCAUCAAGGUUGCCGCCUGCGGUGUCUGCGGAACCGACCUCCACAUCCACGAAGGCGAAUUCCUCGCAAAGUUCCCCCUCGUCCCCGGCCACGAAUGUGUCGGCACCGUCGCCGCCAUCGGCCCCAAGGUCACCCAAUUCUCCAUCGGAGACCGUGUCGUCGCCGAUAACUCCGAGUUGUGCGAGAGCUGUUUCUACUGCCGUAGAGGCCAGCCGUUGCUUUGUGAGAAUUUCGAGGCACACGGCGUCACCAUGAACGGAGCAUUCGCGGAAUACUGCGCUUACCCGCAACAAAAAGUGUUCAAGAUCAAGAACCUCUCGAACGUCGACGCUACCCUCCUCGAGCCCGCUUCGUGCGCCGCACACGGGUUGGAGAAGAUCGCGCCCAAACUCGGUUCCUCCGUCCUCAUGAUCGGCGCUGGACCCACCGGUCUCGUUCUUUCCCAACUCCUGAAGCAGAAUGGAGGAUGUAACGUCGUUCUUGCCGCCCCCGCCGGAAACAAGAUGGAGCUCGCGAAAAAGCUCGAUGCUGCUGAUGUCUACAUCCCCCUCUCCCGCGACGACGCUUCCGCCCAAUGGGACCAAAUCAAGAAAGACCACCCCUACGGAUUCGACAUCGUCGUCGAAGCCACCGGAUCCGCGGCCAUUCUCGAGUCCUCCAUCAACUACGUCCGCCGUGGUGGUAAGCUCGUCGUAUACGGUGUCUACUCCAACGCUGCCCGCGUCUCUUGGCCCCCGUCCAAGAUCUUUGGUGAUGAGAUUACCAUUUUGGGAUCUUUCUCCGAGACAUACUGUUUCCCUGCUGCUAUCGACUACUUGGAUUCGGGUAAGGUUAGGGUUGAGGGUAUCGUGAACAAGCAGUUCAAGAUUGAGCAGUGGCAGGAGUGUUUGGAUUCGAUGAAGAACAAGUCUGCCAUUAAGGCUGCUAUUGUGUUCGAGUAA